AUGACCAAGCUCGCACUUCUAGCUCUCAUGCUGUUCUGUGUUGCCAGUCUCAGUCAAGGUAAGGAGGAUAUCUGCAGCCUACCCAUUCGGGUAGGAAUCUGCCGAUUCCGCAUCAGUGUUUGGGGCUUUGAUCCCAACAAAGGUCAAUGUGUCAAUUUUCUCUACAGUGGAUGCAUGGGCAACGCCAAUCGCUUCGUAGAUCGGAGGGCCUGCGAACGCGCCUGUCUUAAAUCUUCAUCAUCGAACAAGCACUAA